UGGUUUUUGUUGUUUUUCUUUAAUGAUAUCUCUUCAGUUUGUUGAUCUAUAUUUUGACUAAAAUACAUGGGCUAUAGUUUUUAAAGUUUAAAAACUGUACAUAUUUGUUUUUAAUAAGUAAAACAGUAUUUUUAGUAUAACAUUGAAGCUAAAUGGAAAAAUAUCUUGCCUCUAAUUUGAAGCACUCAUAUUUUAUUAUUUCAGCAUGUGAGAAGCAAAGGAUAAUUACUUGGCUUAUUUUGUGAAAUUGGUAACUCAGUGGGAUGGCUUCCUUGGGAAUCUUUUUCCCUGGGGGAUAUAACCCCCAAAUAUUUUACUUGAUUUUUUUUAACACAAAUUGUAUGUUUGUUCUAUUUUAGAUUUGAUCAGUCCAACACAAGUAGGCAGCAUUGUAAUUAGAGUCCUAUUUUAUGUGUGUUGAUGCUGUGUUCAUAAAAUUUAGCCACUUAAGUGGCUGAAGAACUUAACUUUGUAGUUUCUACGAGAGGCACUUGGCCACGGAAGUAUUUGUUUAUGUUCUGCUUAAAGAGCAAAAGGGUUUUGUUGUCCCAGUCAGUAAUGGGAAUGACAAGGUUUUCCCAUGAAGAACAGUGUCUUUACCCAAAGCAGUAUGUGCCUGAUGUCAAGUAAAGGGUGGGAGGGUCGAAUUCCUUUCAAUGUCUGUAAAGAAAUUGAUGCCUGCCAAUGUGCUGUCAGAAAGCCUUUAAACAAAGAAUCCCAAGAUCAAAGCAUCAAAGAUUCAGGAUGUUGAUACUCCACGCGACCUGUGACAUAAACACUGAAGACAUAUUGCUCUGAAGAAACAACAACAACACAUACACACAUAGACACACGCAAAGGGACAUGCACAACGUUUACCAGGAAAAUUAAGGAAGUCAAAAAUGCCAGGAACAGAUUACCAAGAAAUAUAGCCUAUGUUUACUGAGAGCUUCUACUUUUUUUUUUUUUUUUCAAGACUGGAUCUCGUUAUGUAGCCCUGGCUGUGCUGGAACUCACUCUGUAGGCCAGGCUGGCCUUGAACUCAGGCCUGGCUCUGCCUUCUGAGUGCUGAGAUUUUACAGGCUUGCAACACUACUGCCCAGUGAAUUUCCUUUUUCCCCGUUACUUCAUAUUAAGUUUUCCUUAACACCUGGCCUUAUUGGAUUCAUCUAUUUAGUCCUCAUUUUUCUCUCCACCCUUUGCUUGUGAUUUCUUGAUCUCCAGUCAUUUUGUUCUGUCAUUUUUAAGUUUCGUUCAGAUAUUUGAACCCUUUCUUUGGGCUUUCACGCCAUUGAACAGUCUCUAGAACUGUUUUGUAGUCUGCCUCUAAUUUGCCGUCCUUAGAGAACACUGCCCCCUUUUCACCCUUUCCCAUGGCAAUUGACAUUUCUUAAGGUGUCUGCCGCCCAGUGGGCGUUGGAUACUUGCAGUUUUCAGAACAACAUAGCUGGGACCCUUGGGAAAGUAAACGGAACAGGAAGUAGGUGGGCGGGAUUGGGUACGGUGAGAGGACACUUAAUAGUGGGUGGGACCAGAGUAGGCAACAUAUUCCCAAAAGCGGGAGAGGGCCUCAGCAAAACUCGCCUUUCCCUCAGAAAUUUCCGGGGACACCUAGUGCAGAAUCUGGGCCAAGGACACUGCCCAGGGUCUUGCGGAGACGUGAAAACUCCCGAGAGCCGCAGGUGCCGCGCGGGGCAUCCUGGUAGAGUCAGCAGCGCGGCGGCGGAAACCGCAGCCCGGCGGCCCUGGAACCUCCCAGCACUGCUGUAGUGUUCUGCAACUUCAUCUUGCUACUUGGAACAGAAUGACCUGGAGAGGUGGCGGAAACAAAAGUCUUGCCCUUACCUACCUUACCCGCAAAGCUUACAUCUGUCAGCUGUAACCUGCAUUUGAAAAACCUCCAAGCUAACUGCCUUGAUGCUUCAGGGAAGUCCUGCUUACUUUCCUUCUGGCCCCACCUUGUGCUUAUAGACUAUAAAAUGCAUAUAGGAACUGGCCUGGAGACCAGGCCUUUCAGAGCUCUCCCACCUUUGGUCCAUCUGUGACAUCUAUUCUUUCACUGGCAGUGGUGUCUCAGAGUGCUUAUUCUAGAAUGAUUACAAUAGAAGCACAGCCUUUGGUUACUGUGUGUGAGAAGAGUUUUCUGGAUCUAUUAUUUUCUCAUCCUCAAUUUCCUUCUCAAAGGAAGGGGCCGCACGUGUGUGAGCUCAGUGUGGCUGAACUUCACACCACAGCUCAUUACAGGGAGAGAUUCUCAAAGCAGGAAAGGACAUUGUUAUGAAGUGUUCUUUACUCCCCAUGUUUCUCAUUUGGGGAAGUGUUGGGUUUCUUUCAUUUCUGCCCCAUGGUAAAUUCAGAGACUCAAUAGUUUAAAAUAUUGUCAUCCCAAUCAUGAAGUUUCAUUUCUGCUCUUGAGGGGUUUUUAAUUUUAAAACAUUUUGUAUUUGCUUGUGUGUUUUUGCUUACAUGUAUGUCUACACCACUUUCAUGCCUUGUGCUACAGAGGCCAGAAGAAGGGGUCAGAUACCGUGGGAUUGGAAUUACAGAUGGUUGUGAGCCACGGACUCACUGAUGAAGUGGAACAGCGAGUGCUGGAUGGUGAAGAGAGAGAAGACAAAGGAUCCAGGUACAAAAGUACAAGAAGAGAAAAGUCAGAAAAGGACAAUAGGGAGAAAUGGCUGGUUCUCCGGUAAAUACAUUCCAGGGUCUGUUGACAUUCCGAGAUGUGGCUGUGGACUUCUCCCAGGAGGAGUGGGAAUGCCUGGACUCUGCUCAGAGGGCUUUGUACAUUGGUGUAAUGUUAGAGAAUUAUAGCAACCUGGUCUCUGUGGGUAUUAUUGUGUGCAAGGCAGACCUGGUCCCCCAUCUGGAGCAAAUCUAUAUACCCUGGAACGUGAAGAUAAAAGAGAUGGUGGCUAAACCAGGUAGAGAGAGCUAUCGAAUGUGCAGUGAAUCUGAGAUUGUCUUCUAUCAAGACUCGAAGAAUAUCAUCUAUGAGCAUGUGGAUAUACAAUGGAAGUCCAGUGAAUGUAAUGAAAUUGGCAAAAUGCUUCAUGAAUCCUCCGGAGGGUGGAUACUUUGCAAAACAAAUAAUACUCCAGAAAUCUGCAACAAAUACAGAUUUGAUAACCACAAGGAUGCAUAUAUUGAAUCAACAAACCUCAGUAGACAUAAAAGUAUGCACACUGAAGAAGAACCUUGCAAAUAUAAAGACUAUGGCAAAUCUUUAAGUUUGUUUUCAAAUGUAAGUCAGAGUCAUGGAAUCUACAUAGGAGAGAAAGAAUAUAAAGAAUGCGAUAAAACUUUUGGCUCUUUCCCAAAACUUGUACAGCUAAGAAUCCAUAGUGGAAAAAACCCACAGAAGUGUAGGAAAUGUAGAACAGGAUUCAGGACCUGCUCAAGCCUCAGUACGCAUCAGAGAACUUAUACUGGAGAGAAACCAUGGAUAUGCACAGAAUGUGACAAGGCUUUUAGGUGGUUGUCAGAUCUUAAAACCCAUUACAGAAUCCAUCCUGGAGAAAAGCCUUUCAAAUGUAAGGAAUGUGACAGAUCUUUUACCUUCUACAAUUCUCUUAGAGAACAUCAGAAUAUCCAUAAGGGAAAAUUGUACAAAUGUUGGAAAUGUGACAAGUUCUUUACCCGGUGCUCAUCUCUUAGAGCACAUGAGAAAAUUCAUACAGGAGAGAAACCUUUCAAAUGUAAGGAAUGUAUUAAGUCCUUUUAUAUGCUGUCCCAGCUUAGAAAACAUGCCAGAACACAUACUGGAGAGAAACCAUACAAAUGUAAGGAAUGUGACAAAUCUUUUACCUACUCCUCAUCUCUUAGAGAACAUCAGAACAUGCAUGCUGGAAAACUAUAUAAAUGUCAGGAAUGUGACAAGUGCUUUACCUGGUGCUCAUCUCUUAGAGCACAUGAGAAAAUUCACACUGGAGAGAAACCUUUCAAAUGUAAGGAAUGUGGUAAGUCUUUUUGUAUGUUGUCGCAACUUAGAAAACAUGCCAGAACUCAUACUGGAGAGAAACCGUACAAAUGCAAAGAGUGUGAGAAAUCCUUUACUCAGUGUUCAACCCUUAGGAUACAUCAGAAAAUUCAUGCUGGAGAGAAACCCUACAAGUGUAAAGAAUGUGGUAAGUGCUUUUAUAAGUUGUCAUAUCUUAAAGUCCAUUAUAGAACCCAUACUGGAGAGAAGCCUUACCAAUGUAAAGAAUGUGGUAAGGGCUUUUCCCAGUUGUCUUGUCUUAAAAGCCAUGAAAGAAUCCAUACUGGAGAGAAACCUUACAAAUGCAGUGAAUGUGACAAAUCCUUCACACACUGCUCAACUUGUAGGAGACACCAGAGCACUCAUGCUGCAAAGCCUUACAAAUGUGAAGAAUGUGACAAAUCCUUUGCCAAACAGUCGUCUCUCAGAACACAUCAGAAAGUUCAUGCUGGAGAGAAACCUCAUGCUUGUAAGGAAUGUGGUAAGGCCUUCUAUCAACUAUCUCAUCUGAAAGUUCAUUACAGAAUCCAUACUGGAGAGAAACCGUAUAAAUGUGAUGAAUGUGAGAAAUCAUUUACGAAAUGUUCAUCUCUUAGAACACAUCAGAAAAUUCAUGCAGGAGAGAAACCUCAUGCUUGUGAAAAAUGUGGCAAGGCCUUCUAUCACUUAUCACACCUUAACAUCCAUUACAGAACUCAUACAGGGGAGAAACCUUACAAAUGUAGUGACUGUGACAAAUCCUUUACCACACUGGCAAACCUUAGAAGACAUCACAGACUUCAUACUGGGGAGAAAACUUUCCAUAGUAAAUAAUGUGGUGUAUGCUUUUCCGAGAAUGCUGUCCUUAGGCACCACUGCAGGCUCCACUCCAGAAAAACAUUAUGAACAUGGGAAAUCUGAGAAGGCCUUUACAGAAUAUUUAAAUCUUAGAAAACAUCUAAAGUUUAUAGAGAAAUAUUAUACUAUUGGAAGCUUUUCAUUAAAACAUUAUACUUGUUCAACCUCAAAAAAUUUAUAAUGAAGACAAUGUGUUAAUCUAAAGAAUGUUACCAAACCUUUAGUUAUUCCCUGAAAUAAUAUUAGAGAGAAAUCAUAUAUGUUUGCCAUUGUGCUAUAUUCAUGCCUCACUGCACAGUAGAAAUUCCUCUCUAGAGACCCCAAAGAAAUAUCAUUGAAUUUGGCAAAGCCUGUUCCUACUAGACUUCUGGAAAUUCUUCCUGAAGGAAAACCCAAGAAAGUGCUUUAAUAAAGGCACCCUUGGUUUUUUGGUUUUUUGUUUUGUUUUGUUUUUUGUUUUUGUUUUUGUUUUUGUUUUUUGCUUGUGUGUUUGUUUUUUCACCUUCAAAAUACUCAUUCUGGAGUAAAAACCUGUCAAUCACAAGAUGGUGAGAACUUAACAGUGAUGAUCUGUGUGCUCAUGUACAGUUAGAAAAUCCCCCAAGAAUGUACAGGAAAAUUAUUUUUCAGUACUGAAGAAAGUUGACGUAUUUAGUAGAACUGCAGAGCAUAGUAACAGUAGAAAUUUCAUGUACAAAUAAUAAAACACAAAGGUUUGUAGGCAUUAGAGAAGCCAGUGUACUACAUUAGCAAAUGGUUAUAUAUAAUUGGUAUCAAUUGCUGCUCCUUCAGAGCUGAUGAACCCAAGUCAGGAGUCACGAAAGUUAGUAGGGACUGACAAUAACCAUCAAGGGACCUCAAUUGUCUGCAUAAUCUUAAUGCCAAUUUCAAGCACUCUAUGUGUCAGGGCUCCUUGGUACACAGAUUCUGCACAGAUCAAAGCCCAUUUAAUGAUCUUUCAGUAGUUUUCUUCAUUAUCAUUUAAAAACAAUUCUUAGCCAGGUAGCAGUUGCACAGGCCUUUAAUCCAAGCACUUGGGUCAGGGAGGAUAGAGGUGGGUGGAUCUCCAUGGAAGCUAGCCUGGUCUACAGAGUAAGUUCCAGGACAGCCAAAGCUACACAGAAAGACCCUGUCUCAAAGACAAACAACACACACACGCAUUCACAAAGGGAGAGAGUUCACAAAGGGAGAGAGAGAGAGAUAGAGAGAGAGAGAGAACAAUUCUUGCUACUUAAACAGAAUCCUGUCUUGGAAACCCUCUACUUUGAGAAGUUACUCUUUUAUUUGUAAUAAAUAUUGAUUGCAAGCAAACCUACUUCUGUUGACUACACCUGGUAGAGGCAUGAAAGUACUUUUAGGGAACAGCACCAUAUUUGGAGAAACUGUCUUGGAGUUUUCCCAUAAGCACUCAGAACUCUCCUUAUAUAGGUUCAUUCAUGGACCAUGUUACAACAUCUUUCCCAUUUUAUCUUUUGAACUCAGUAUGUCUAGAAUGGUUUUCACUCAAGAUGUAGACAAAUCUAAUUGUCAUUUGAUGCAUGACUAUUCUAUAAAUAAGCAAUUUAUCAACACAAUAAUAUUAGGCCAGUGAAAGCAUUAUUUGUUACGAUCUGCCAUCAGGUAUGGGAGCCUUUCUUCUAGCAAUUUAGCUACUCCAUAAGUCAUAUCCUUGUAAGAAAUAGUCAAUAAGCUAUCUGAAAAUGUUAAAAAGUCAAAACUUCCCUUGGAAAUAUUAUAAGUGGUAUUUGAUGUAUUCUCACAUGUAAUUUUAUGAUUAGAUUCUGUGGGGGUAAUACAAAAGUAAGUGGAAUUCCAAUCAUAUUUCAUAGACAUUUGGUUUUUUUUUCAUAUUUAUGAUCUGAUCCUGCACAAUUUAACUCUUGUACUUCUGAUUCUAUUUGUUCAUCAAUGCUUAUCUUACUCAUAAAUUAUGAGAAUCAUGUUACUCUUUUUGUACAAACUGUUGCAAUCAUAAUUAUUCCUGUGAUGGUAACAAUAAGCUAUUCAAUAAAGCAUUUUGUCCUUUUUAGAAAUCUA